GUUUGUAAAUUUUGCAUUACAAGAUUGAAAAAAAAUUCUUCGAACUCUCGAGCUUUUUUAUUGUGGAAUUCUUCGAUGCACGAAUUUCUUAUAUCGAAUAAUUAUUGAAGUUGAAGAUUGUGAAGAGUUCGCCAAAUUCUGGAUUGGAUCAAAAUGUAUCAUCGAAGCUUAUCACGGAGGAACAGACUUGCGUGACAAAAGAAAUCUGAUUUCGAGAGGAGAGGGAAAAGAAAAGAAAUAGAAGAAUCGUUUCAUACACACUGGAAAGAGAGUUCUUAAACGUUCAUAAUUUACAGUUUCUGUUCGAGAUUGCAAUCUGAAUUACAGAAGCAGAAAUCAUGUUUCGUGAAGAUCGAUCUUCCGGUUUUUUCGUUAAUCGUCGAUAAAUUUGCAGGAAGAAAAUUUGAAAUUAACACGAUCGUAUGUGCAAGUUGUGAAGAGAGAGUUCGAGAUUUAAUUUUCUUUUUUUUUUUUUUGAAUUUUUGGAAUCGUUUUGAAAACACUUUUUCAUGAAUCCGUUUACGGAAAAGGUUAGAACUAAUAAACUCGUGAAUGUGAUAACUCGUAAAUUUGAAUUUGCGAAAGUAUGGUCAACGAGAAUUUCACGGAAGAUCGUCGAAGAAUACAGUCCUCGAUGCCCGUGGACAGUGAGAGCGUCCCAAAGACUCGUUUGUGAUACGAUAUUAAACUUGAACUUGGUUAAAAAAAAAGAAGAAAUUAGAAGUGCAUCAGAGAAUGCUACCAGUGUCCAAAUAGCGCGUCCGAAUUCAAGAAUAAUAUAAUAUAUUUAAAAAAAUUGUGAAUUAUGGACGAGUUCGAAAGAAAGUGAAAUAGUAUCAUCAAACAUCGUUUCCCGAUUUCGCAAAGAAUCCCUGAAAACCCAUCACAUAUAUCAGAAAGAACAUUUUCAAUAUCGAAAUAUCGUUUACAUCUCAUAAACCAAGUGUCUUAACCAAAAAAUCCUUCCUCGAAUCGAUAAACCAUGAAAUCCUAACCUAUUCUAACCUAAAAUAACCUUAAAAAACAAAGGAAACAAUAUCUUCGAUAUAUCCAAUUAAAAUUUUCUUUUCAUCUUCGAGAAGAUGUAUUGACAAGAUAGACUCCUUAAAAUCCUUAAAAAUAUAAUAAAAUAUAAUAAAAAUCGUGUGAAAAGAAAAGGAAAGGAAAGAGAGAGAGAGUGAGACAGAAAGAGAGAAAGAGAAGAAACGGUGAUCCUGAGACGACCAUGAACAGAAGAGAAAAUCUUCCGACGGUGGUUGGUCAGGUGAAUGGAAGUUGGAGCCGCAAGAGAGCCUCGGGAUGCUGCACGCUGUUAUGCUAGGUAGCGGUCCGGGUCGAGGGAGACACGAAUGGUAUCCGGGAUUUUAUCUGCAACGUCGACGACUUGGAUGCAGGAUGAACCGUGGGGAGCAGGAGACAUUAUUCAGGCAGAGCAGGCAGCUCACGAGGAUCGUGCCGUCUCACGAGGACCUGGUGCUGAGCGUGCUUAAGUCGCCGAUCAGCCAGCACCAGCAACAGCAACGCCAGCAAUAUCAUUCCACGCACCAUUCUCACGAGCACCAUGUCAACUGCCAAGGUUAUCAAAAUCAUAAGAAGUGCACGCAUUCAGGUGAGAGCAACGAGAGUCUUCCACGAGGCAAGGAGCAAUGCUCGAGGCUGACGGAGAAGCGUUCGAGCGCCGCGGCCGCAUACGCGGCCCUCCAGGCGAGCGAGGAUGAGCUGAUCGCGGAGCACUGCCUCGAGUCCGAGGACGCGGCGCUGAAAACGCCUGGAAGCGAGACGGAGGACACGGAGGACAACGGGGCGCAGAUGGAGGAGGCCGCCUCCUCGCCUGGCCGCCGCUUCACCUUCCUCAGGCGGUUCCGAUCGCCCAGAUUCGGCGAGGCGCACCACAAAAGGGUGCCCACGCCGAUGAAGAGGAAGUACAGGCGGAAGAAGAGCAAGGACGACAUCAUAAACAACGAUAUGAACGCGGCCGAGGUGGAGCCGCCGAGUUUGAACCAAGCCGGUGUCCCAGACCCUUAUUAUCCGAUCUAUCUGCCGAUCGACCAGGCCUUCAAGGCCAAGUACGUGUUCCACCACAAGAAGGGGAAGACGUUUCAGGAGAGGUUGUACGUGUUCCUGGAACACCCCGGCGGAUGGAUCUGCUUCAUCUAUCAUUUCACCGUGUUCAUGGUGGUAUUGGUGUGCCUCAUAUUUAGCGUUUUGUCGACCAUAGAGCAAUACAGUAACUUCGCAAACGAGACCCUCUUUUGGAUGGAAAUAUGUCUGGUGGUGUUCUUCGGUGUGGAGUACUUGGUGAGAUUAUGGAGCGCGGGUUGCAGAUCGAAGUAUAUGGGCUGUUGCGGCAGGCUCCGCUUCAUACGGAAACCGAUUUGUAUCAUAGAUUUAAUCGUUGUGGUCGCCUCGAUGGUGGUGCUGUCUGUAGGAAGCAACGGUCAAGUGUUUGCCACUUCUGCAAUAAGAGGCAUAAGAUUUUUGCAAAUAUUACGAAUGCUUCAUGUCGAUCGACAAGGUGGCACGUGGCGACUUCUCGGCUCUGUUGUUUUCAUCCAUCGUCAGGAGUUGAUUACGACAUUAUACAUCGGGUUCCUAGGUCUCAUUUUCAGCAGCUACUUUGUGUAUCUUGCCGAAAAAGACGUAAUAGGCCCCGAUGGAAAAACAGAUUUUUCCAGCUAUGCCGAUGCACUUUGGUGGGGCGUGAUUACCGUAACCACGAUCGGAUACGGUGAUACCGUCCCACAAACGUGGAUGGGAAAAAUAGUCGCCUCGUGUUUCAGCGUAUUCGCUAUAUCCUUUUUCGCACUUCCAGCCGGAAUAUUGGGCUCCGGUUUCGCGUUGAAGGUGCAGCAAAAGCAACGGCAGAAACACUUCAAUAGGCAGAUACCUGCCGCGGCAAUGUUGAUACAGUGCCUGUGGAGGUGUUACGCCGCUGACAAAGCCAUCAACAGCGUGGCCACGUGGAACAUUUACAUCAAGGAUCCGGCACCGGCCGGCCAACCCUCCACGCCAUUGGGAAAGUUGAUUUGUGUAAAGAAGAUGUCUCUGAUGAUCCAGGUGGCAAAGAAGGCGAGCGUGCUGAAGAGGCGUAAAUCGAGGAAUCGGAUGGACGUGCAACAGCAGCAGCAACAGUCGUUGCCGCCGGUCACGAUAUCCGGUGGCAUGUCGAGCGGUGGCGCCACCGGCGACCAGAACGACAAUCAAAGGAUGGAGAACGAGGGAGACGUUAUCUUCUACAUGGAGGAACCGAAAGCGGGCACGCCUAAUCGCGCUAGACGCGACAAUCGCGUAUUUCCGGUUGGCAGGGGAAGCCUCUUCACCUCGCAGACGAGCUCCGUCACGGAGGCUACCAGCGACGAAAUCGACAUUGAUAUCGAGGAACCUCAGAGGGUUACCACGCUGACGGAGGCGCAUCGAAACGCCAUAAGGGCGAUCAGGAAGAUCAAGUAUUUCGUGGCCAGAAGGAAGUUUCAGCAGGCGCGGAAACCGUACGAUGUACGUGAUGUGAUCGAGCAGUACAGCCAAGGCCACUUGAACAUGAUGGUUCGAAUCAAGGAGUUGCAGAGGAGAUUGGACCAGACCCUGGGCAAACCGGGCAGCUACCUAGCAGGAAUCGACCGAGCAGGGAACGUGAAGCCAAUGACUAUAGGCGCGCGCUUAUACAGGGUCGAGCAGCAGAGUUUCUCGUGCUCUCCGAUUUUUUUCAUUCGAAUUACUUUUUAACUACCGAUAGAAAACGUUUAAUGAAACGUCACUUGGGUGCAACUAAUUACUCGCAAUUAAUUGAAAGAAACGGAAGAAUGAUGAUGUAAUUGGACGUAUUGGCUAUAAUAUUUUUGAAUGGGAUCGCAAAUUGGAUGAAGACUCUUCAAAUCCAUUGUAACAAUUGUAUUUAUUAUAUUGAUGUUGAAACGAAUGAGAUGAUUAAGGUUAGGUUAACUUUUUUUUUUUUAUUUUUCUGUUUCAAAAAGUGUCAAGAAUUAAUAAGUAUUUAAAGAGUUUCUAUUCGAUUGAAAUUCUUCAAAUUCAGAAUAGUUAGGUUAAUUAACCUAAAUUAACAACAAAGAAAUUGCAAAGGUAAUUUAGACAGCCGAGCGUGAAGCGUUAAAAAGCGAUAAUUUUGAUCGGUAAUUUAUUUAAACGGACAAUUAGAAUUAUAUAAAUAACAAUAACAAUUUCACGAAAAUUCUUCUGUUGCUCGCAGCUUGCGAUUAGAAUAUGUGAUAACGCCGCUAUAUUAUCAAAACUCGUAACUUUUUUUUUAUUUAUUCGAAAUUCGUUCGUUCGAAUAAUCUCUAUUUGCUCGAAAUUAUUAGAAACUUGCAUAUAUAUAUCGUGCUAAUUAAAAAUAAAACUUAUCGAUAGAAGGUAACAAAUUUAAAAUUAUCUAUUUAUCGAGCGAGCAAAGAAAUAUCACUUUUUUCUUCUUUCUUUGAUUUCAAGUUUUAUCCUAUAUAGAUCAAAAAUAUUGGAUAAACAAAUAUUAAGUGAAGAUAACGAAGAUAGCUCUAGACUUCCUUUUCUAUUCACUUAUAUCGUGCUAUUAUUGGAUAAUCUUCUUCAUUUAUCUUUAUUUCCUCUCGAUCUAGUUUACAAUAUCUUCUCUUAUAUCGUCGCGUAAAUAAUAUAAAAGUUCAAAAAAAUUUAUUAUCCUCAAUUUCAACGCGAUAUAAGAUUCUUUCAACUAUGUAGAAAUUUAAAUCGCGUAACAAUCGAUCUCGCAGAAUAAUGAAGAAACAGGUUAAAUUCUUGUUACACUUUACACGUUGCUACUUAAGAUAAUCGCAAUAUGGCGUCCUAUAACGGGUUGAACUAAAAAAAAAAAAAGAAAAAGAAAAAAAAAAAGUUUCCUUUCAGAGCGAAUCAAUUUUUCUAUUUUUCCAUAUCUUUCUCUCUCUCUCCCUCUCUCUUUCUCUCUAUCUCUUUCUCUUUCUAUUGAACUUCGCCUUACGACUCGCGUGGUUUAGCUUCAAAGGUUUGGAUCGUGUCUCGCGAUGAGUUUGUCGGUAUCAGUUAAGCGUAGAGGAAGCACGUGUUUUAAAAUUAGUCGAAAAUAAAGUUUCAAGUAAAAUUGAAUACAAUCUAAUGGAACUGGUAUUAAUAUAUUCCUAUAUCAGUUUUUAUUCAUGUUUUUCAUAUGUGAAAUUAAUCUUUCGUUUCAGAAUCAGAUUUUCAAAAUGAAGAUUUUUUUAUAUUCGCAAAAUAUACUCUGAAAAUUUGUAACAAAGACAGGAUAUUUUUAAAAAUCUUCAUCUGCCUUAUGGUAAAUAUUGGAUCAACGAAAUACGAAAGCAAUAAAUUUCCCAACUGACGAAAUCAUAAUCUAAUCGCCAUUUUUACAGACGAUAGAAAAAUGAACGUACAAUAUAAUUGCAAGAACAUAUAUUUCCCUAAUCAAGAUUCACGCGAAAAAAGAAAAACAAUUUUACACUUGCAAAUUUUAUUAAAUUUCGUGUGAAUAUACUACAUUUUUAAAUAUCCUCGAGAUUAACCAGAAAUAUCAAUUGCUUGUUGUAAAAGUGUUAAAUCAUGUUUCCUUGCAAUUUUGAAAUUUUAAUAAAAUAGAAUAUUUUAACUUGAUUAAUUUUUUCUGAUAAAGAAAAAGAAGUAAAAUUGAAAAGAAAAAUGCAAAUGUACCUACGGUCGAUAAAAAAAAUCAGACGAAAAAUUCGAAGUGGAGGGACGAUAUUGCGAUGCAGGAAACAUAAAGGAGGGAAAAUAAAAAGUAGAGAAUAAUAAUUGCGAGGAAGGCUCACGAUCGAAUCGUUUGAAGCUCUACGGAAACGAGAUGAAUGAAACUCAAUCAUAUCACCGUAGUUGCCUCUACUAUCCGCUAGCAGUAGCUCGUCGACAAUACUUGUUGACUUUUUUUAACGUUAAAAAGGUUGGAACGAUCGAGGAAAUCGUUAUUAAUCGCGAUCGAAUUACGAUUUGUUGGAUCGAUCUGGCAUCACAGAGUGCUGAAAGGUAUUUACUCUGUUUUUAUUACUAUUGUCUAAUAUAUAGUUAUAUAGAAUAAACGAGCUAUCUAAUGCGACUAUUAAUUACAAUUAUAUUAUACUUAGCGAUUACGCAAAACUAUCUUUAAGAUCGUAUUUUAAAAAGUUGGAACGUCAAUUGAUAAAUUUUUUGGAGAUAUAAAUGGAUAAAUAUCGAAAUCGGAUUAUAAAAGAAAUAUUGCAUAAUGGAUAAGCGAGAGGUAAAAAUUGUAAACGAAUUUAUGUCAUUUGGCGUUUCAAUUCCUUGUAUUAUAAAUACGUCGCAUGUACAUUAUGUUACUAUUAUAUUACGUAUAGUUGGUUCGAACGAAUUACGAAACUUGGAAGUGAAAUUGCGGGAAUUUAUUAGAUAAUCGUCAGAGCUUGUGGAAAGUUCGUGAUAAUAUUAAAUGUAAUAAUUUAAUAAUUUAUAGAAACUUUGAAACUAUAAUAAGAUGGUUAAAUGUUUCGACGUUCGGUCGUUUUCGACUACUUUACCGAUGUUAGCCGAAAAUAACCAAGAGACGGUCGGAAUUGGCGAUUUUACCGAUUGAUUUACCGAAGUUAGCCGAAGUUGAGAAUUUCUAUCUUAUCGAUUUCGAUUCAGAUAUAUUUCAAUUAUUUCGUUCGAAAAGUUCUAUUUUUAAUUUGAAUUUUAUAUAUAAAUAUGAAAAGAAGUAAGAAUUUUUAAUUGAAUAUUGAUACGAACAUUCCAAAAGUUCUAAUAAUAUUAUAAAGCGAUAUGUUGUGAUAAAGACGCAUUAUUAAACUAUCAUAAUUGUUCCAACGGCACACCGCUAUACUUAUUGUAAAAUAAAAUGUACAUAAAAAUUAAGAAUCACGUCUCGAAACGUUAUUCUUAAGCGACAUUUCGUUUUUCGGCAAUCUCUGCGGUAUAAAACAAAUUAUACCGAUAAGUCGCAAUCGAUAAACAGAGAUCGACGCAUUCAAAUCUAUCUACAGUCGAUAAUUCGCUUUGUUCCUUGUGUUUGUCCAACUUUUGCACUGGCUGCGUAUAUUUUUCCAUUUUUUUUUUUUUUUUAAAUUAACGGUCAUCCAGUUGUGUGAGUAUAAUUGAAAAAAAGAAAAAGAAAUUUACUUCGAAAACAUUCGAGUAAUCGUCGAUCAUUUUUGCACAUUUGUUGAAAACAUGUUUUAUCCGAUAAAAGUGGGGCCAAGAUCUAUAAUGGAAAUCGAUUUUGAAUAUCAAAAAACAAAAUGAAGAAGGAUACGUUUGCGUAAAGGAUAAAGUUUUCGUUUUAAUUUUAUAGAAUUAAUUUUUACGAUUUAAACGUUUUCGUAAAAUAUUUCUAUAUAUAAUUGUCAAUUUAAACGAAACUAAUAAUUUAAAAAUUUUUCUUUUUAAUAAUUUGUGAAAUUUUUUAAUUCUUCUUCGUAAAAAUUUUGAAAUUUCUUCUCGUAUCCGUCUGGAAAUUGAAUUUUUAUUUCGAAAUGCAUAUCAAACUACACUUCGCGACGCAAUAAUUACUCGAUAAGACCAACUCCAUACCUUUUUAAAGAUAAUUAUUUUCAAACGAAUCGUUGUAUCGUUUAUUCAAAUUCGAAAACGAUUCGAACGAUUCGAAAUAAUAAUCCGUGACGAAAUAUUCGCGCUUUGUAGAUCAAUCUAUUAUUGAUAUUUGAAUAACAAAUCCAGCAAUACUCUUCGAUCUUAGUCCUCUUGAUACUAGAAAUCGUUAAGGAUAUAUUAGUUUACCGAUAGUUUUAACGUGUUCAAACUGGUCCGAGAUUUUGAUACGAGUCUUGUUACAGUGAAUAAAUAUCAUCACACCAUAGAAAAAAGAAAAAAAAAAAAUAUUCCUAUUUCCCGUAACUUGUUUUAACGAUCUAUUCGAUAUAAGAAUUCUUAAAUUAUCGUGAAAAUAAUAAAGCUUUUAGAUAAUUAGAUCAAUCCUUUGCCUUCGUGUCUUCAUAAAUUUUUCAACUUUUUUAUUUAUUUAUUUUUUCUUCAUUCGAGAAAGAUUAAUUCUUUCGAGACUAAUAGGACAAUAUAUCCAAAAACAAAUUUUACAAUGAUUAAUGGAUCAGGCCUAAUAUCAGAUUUUGAAUAAUAUAACAUUGUUUUAUUCGUUAUCGAAUUCAUUAUUAUUUUAUCGUAAUAUUUCUUUGAUAUUUCUCGUCUCCGUCGAUAAAAUCGCGAGGCAAAGGAUUAUAAAUAUCAAAUUCCACGUACAUACAGAUAGAGGGGAUACGUCUUGUAAAUUUUAAUUUUAGCUAUAGAUAAUAAUCGAUAGUCAACUAACUAGAUAAUAUUUAAGAAGAAAGAGAAAAGAGAUUAAUUAGGUAAGUGUGUAGUAUUAUACAAACUAGUAAGUAGGUAGAUACAAAAAAAGUUACUGCUGGUUCUGUGACUUCUUUUGCCUUCUUUAUCGACUGUUCUCGAGCCGAACACACAGGUGAUUUGCACCGAGUUCAACGUGUUUUGAAGACAUGUAAAUAAUACGAUAUCGUCGACCGCCUUUUCAAAACAAACUAGUAAAUUUAAGCACGAGGAAUUAGAAAA